AUGUUCAUGGCCAGAAAAAUAUUUGGUCCUGAUGGAGUGAGCUCUGUGGCAAACAUGGAGAGAGAGGGCUCCUUCAGAAGUCCUCUGUCUGUCCUCUGUCUGUCCUCUGUCUGUCCUCUCUGUCCUCUGUCAGUCCUCUGUCUGUCCUCUGUCUGUCCUCUGUCUGUCCUCUCUUUGUCCUCUCUCUGUCCUUUGUCUGUCCUCUCUCUGUCCUCUGUCAGUCCUCUGUCUGUCCUCUGUCUGUCCUCUGUCAGUCCUCUGUCUGUCCUCUGUCAGUCCUCUGUCUGUCCUCUGUCUGUCCUCUGUCAGUCCUCUGUCUGUCCUCUGUCUGUCCUCUGUCUGUCCUCUGUCAGUCCUCUGUCUGUCCUCUGUCUGUCCUCUGUCAGUCCUCUGUCUGUCCUCUGUCUGUCCUCUGUCAGUCUUCUGUCUGUCCUCUGUCUGUCCUCUGUCAGUCCUAUGUCUGUCCUCUCUCUGUCCUCUGUCUGUCCUCUCUCUGUCCUUUGUCUGUCCUCUCUCUGUCCUCUCUCUGUCCUUUGUCUGUCCUCUCUGUCCUUUGUCUGUCCUCUCUCUGUCCUCUCUCUGUCCUCUGUCUGUCCUCUGUCAGUCCUCUGUCAAUCCUCUGUCAGUCCUCUGUCUGUCCUCUGUCUGUCUUCUGUCUGUCCUCUCUCUGUCCUCUGUCUGUCCUUUGUCUGUCCUCUGUCAGUCCUCUGUCUGUCCUCUGUCUGUCCUCUGUCUGUCUUCUGUCUGUCCUCUCUCUGUCCUCUGUCAGUCCUCUGUCAGUCCUCUGUCUGUCCUCUCUCUGUCCUCUGUCUGUCCUCUGUCUGUCUUCUGUCUGUCCUCUGUCUGUCCUCUCUCUGUCCUCUGUCUGUCCUCUGUCUGUCCUCUGUCAGUCCUCUAUCCGUCCUCUGUCUGUCCUCUGUCAGUCCUCUGUCUGUCCUCUGUCAGUCCUCUGUCUGUCCUCUGUCAGUCCUCUGUCAGUCCUCUGUAGGUCAGUCCUCUGUCCUCUGUCCUUCCGCUCUGGUUUGGAACACGCUCGACCCUUGA